AUCAAACAUUAUUUAAAACGUAGUGUUCUUUUAUAAAUAUGCUGCGCUAUUUUUAGAUUAAGUUAAAAAAAAAAAGAGUAGGCCUACUUAAAAAAAAAAAAAAAAAAUUAAUAUUCAAACAGUAUUUCAACGUACCGUUCUUUUAUUAGCAUAACAAUAAAUAUGCUGCGCUAUUUUUAGAUUUUGUGGAAAAAAGGAGAGAUUUUCGUCAUCUGGAAGGUAUAUAAGUUGAGGAUUGUCAUCAAGAGGAUCAGUUUGAAUGUGGACAUUGACAUCGUCACAUCGAUCUCGAGUCUCGAGUAAGUGUCCUAUUAACUGCAACGUGUACAAUAAUACAUGUACAUCUACAUUUGUAGAGGAAUGGUAUGAGUUUUGUCUUUACAUUAACAAUUUUUUUCCUCAUAUAACCCAGAUACCCUCAAGUUUCAAAAUGAGCCAUCAGGGAGCCAUGAAACCCUUUCCGACAAGCACCCCUCCCAGUGACCAGUUCCUUCGAUGCUUGCAGGAGGAGUGGGACAUCGAUCAAGAUGAAGAUCAGCUUAUGAUUGUUGACGUUCCUCCCGAGCCGUCAGCCGCGGUGAAGCAGCAAGGAUUGCAGGAUGGACGAGGGGGACAAGAACAAGGCGAAAGGGCAGCCAAAGGUGGACGAUACCCAUGUGGGACGUGUGGAAAGGUCUUCCGUCAGUUGACCAACCUCAUCCGACACCGCAAGCUUCACGAGAGCGGUCCGAGUGUCAACAAGAAGGCCGUGACCUGUCCGGUUUGCAACAAAGUGUUCUCUCGUCCCGACAACUUAAAACGGCAUCGCAAGAACCACAGCGCAGAUCAGCUGCCGUCCACCACCCGUCAAAUUUCGGGUCAAGAGAGUGCAGGGUCGACCAUUGCUGAAGCCGGAACUGACUGUAACCCUCCCCAGGCCAAAAGCCCAAGUAUUACGAAAUCAACCUGUCCAGCCUGCGGAGACGUUUUCCAGAGAGUAAGUCAUAUGUUGCGUCAUCUUCAAAACGACCACCGUGGAGUGUCGGCAUCUUAUCCAAUAUCGUUCGAGCCAAACCCCGAACCCAGUCAAUUCGUCUCUGAGAACAAAGAAGACCCCGAUAUGAUGGAGGCUGAUCCCAAUGUCCUUACUUCAACAUCACCGACUGGCGUACCACUACCUUCCCCACCACAGGCAUCACAGGGGCACAUCUGCCCGCUGUGUGACAAGUCUUUCAGUCGACAUGACAGCCUAAGGAGACACAUCAAAACCUACCACGAAAGCGGUGCAACUCCACCGUCAAUACACGAAGAACCGUUAUCACAUCAAAUUUCCCGUCCUGAGUCACCUGAAACUGUUCCCGAAGAUCCCCGCGAGUUUCCAGCUGAUGAUUUCGGCGAAGAAAACUUGCAAGAGGCUGAUGAUAUUCUCAAAGCUCUCCGUCGACACUGGCUGCCCAUUCGCACGCAUUACACAACCGGCCGCCGCAUUCAAGAUGUAUACAAUUUUCGACUGGCUGGAAACUCGACCAUAGACGUAGAUUUGGCGUUGAGAAUGAUAUUUCAGCGCCUUCGAUGCCGAGUAAAGAUCAACUUAUCGUUUGGGUUUAUCCUACGUCAUUCGGAGACGGGUCAGCUGAGGUACUUUCACGCCAGUCAAAAUAAUGCGAGGCUGUUCUCUACCCCGGAGACUGUGGCAACGGAACAAGACAUGGAUCGUGUAAGGGAGAGAGUCCGAGAGACUGACAUCUUACAGUACGGAAUUCUGCGUCGUCCCGACACAAAGUGGACCGUUGCAGCAACCACCAACGUGACGGUCUACGUCAACAAAAUGCCGCAGUUUCCCAUCGGCUCACCCGUUGAGAAACUUCCGCACUACGUCGCUAACAAUCGGGGUCUGACAAAUUUGCUCCGAAACACAAACACCGGAAAGAUGCUGGAUGACAAUUUUUGUUUCUUUCGUUGUCUGGCCGUGCAUAGGGGAACCAAUUCACACUCGACUGAAAAAGCAGUACAUCAUCUGGUCGAAACAUACCGCCAGGCUGCGGGUAAAGAUCGGGUAGACGGCAUAACGAUGGAUGAGCUGGCCAUUGCCGAGGUGGUGUUUAAGGUGAAUGUGCAGGUGUACACGUUGCUGCCGGCAGAGAUCGAUGACGAUGAUGAUGACGCGAACGAGGUUGAUAAGAUGACAGGGGAGGAACAAUGUCCGAACAAACCCACGAUCCAGGUGGAACUGAUCAGGCGUUCUCACCGCCGCUAUCCCGAUACUCUGUAUCUUAACCUGUGGGGAAAUCAUUUCUCCUACAUUUCUGAUCUCAGUAAGUACAGCCGAUCGUACGCCUGCUCCAAGUGCAACACCGUGUUUACAAGAUCGUGGAAUCUUAUGACCCAUGAGAUCACGUGUGACGUCAACGUUAAACACAAGUUUAGUGGGGGUUCUUACCAACUGCCUUUAACAAUCUUCGACAAGUUAUCCGAGGUCGGCAUAGAUGUAGAGGAGGACAUGAAAUAUUACCCCUACAGGGCCACGUUCGAUUACGAAUGCUACUUCCAAUCCGUAUCUCCCUCAAUGCGCCAGCGAGACGCAAAACUGCGAUGGGAAGCACGUCACGAGUUACUCAGUUGCAGCAUAGCCAGUAAUAUUCCGGACUACGAGGCACCACGGUGUUUUGUCAGUAACGGCAACCCGCGUGAACUGGUAUCAGACAUGGUCGACUACUUACAUACCAUCAGUCUAGCUGCGUACGACACACUUCUGGAGAAAUAUGAAGUCAUUUUUGAGAAGAUGGAUGAGAUGAUUGAGGACAUGCAAAGCGAGUCAAUGCCGCAAAGCAAACUGCACAAGCACAUCAACAAACUCAGGGAGCAGUUAGACGAAUAUCUUCAAGAGUUACCGGUACUGGGUUUCAACUCUGGGAAAUACGAUAUCAACGUCAUCAAGCGUUAUCUGUACCCGGUACUUCAAGAAACAGAUCCUCUGAAAUUGAUCAUCAAAAGAACCAGCACGUACAUGGCCCUCAAAACCGAGAAGUUGAAGUUUCUUGAUAUCACCAAUUACCUUGCUCCCGGAUACAGCUACGCAAAAUUUUUAAAGGCGUACGACUGCCCCCUCACCAAAGGAUUUUUCCCGUACGAGUGGGUAGAUGAUCUGGACAAACUUGAAGUCGGGUCACUUCCACCUCAUCAGGCCUUCUACAGCAAGUUGAAGGGAUGCAACAUAUCCGAGGAGGAAUACCAGUACUGCCAGAGCGUGUGGAAGGAGCACGGUAUGAACACAGUACGGGAUUUUCUCGUUUGGUACAACAACCUGGACGUGGUUCCUUUUCUCGAUGCGGUAGACAAGAUGUUUGCAUUCUACAGACAGCGGCAGAUGGACAUGUUUAAAUGCGCCAUCUCGGUCCCGGGUCUGUCACUACACUACCUAUUCCUUACACUGCCGAAAGACACCUUCUUCAGCCUCAUAGACGAAGCGAACAAGGACCUUUAUUACAAACUCAAAGACAACAUCGUGGGUGGCCCGUCUCUCGUCUUCCAUCGAUACCAUGAGAAGGGGAAAACAUUCAUCCGGGGAGGCACCAAACUGUGUCAAAACAUCGUAGGAUUUGACGCCAAUGCCCUGUACUUAUGGUCUCUGAUGCAAGAGAUGCCUGUGGGGACGUGUAUAAGGAGACGGGCCGACCAAGACUUCAAGCCAAUCAGGAGCCAUAAAUUCGGUGUUAUGGCCACAGAGUGGCUAGACUGGGUGGCCCAUUGCGAAGAUGUCCACAUUCGGCAUCAAUUCAAUAGCACGGAAAAGCGUGUGUGUGAGCGAAUGAUUCCGGUGGAUGGCUACUGCAGCGACACCAACACAGUCUACCAGUUCCACGGUUGUUACUGGCACGGGCAUCCAUGUCAUUUGAAUCCCAAUGAAUUCAACAAAGUCAGAAAAGUGAGCAUAGACGAUCUCAGGCGUCAAACAGAAGAGACUUCUGCGUACAUUCGUCAGCAGGGGUACAACCUGGUCGAAAUGUGGGAGUGUGAAUGGCGUCAACUACAGGCAACUGAUCAGACGGUGGAAAGCUUUCUACAAACGUCAAGACUGCCUCACUGCGGUAAGGCAAAUAUGACUCAACGGGAGAUCCUCGAAGCAGUCAUGGAUGGGUCCAUGUUCGGUCUGAUCGAGUGUGAUAUCCAAGUACCUGAGGCCUCGAGAGAUCACUUUGCUGAAAUGCCACCUAUUUUUAAGAACAUAGAUAUUACCAGAAAUGACAUCGGUGACCACAUGCAAAGUUAUGCCGAGAGAGAAGGAAUCAUGAAUACACCACGGCGCAGUUUGAUUGGCAGCAUGUUCGGCACACGCAUCUUGUUGGCCACUCCCCUCCUCCAAUGGUAUCUCAAUCAUGGUCUGGAGGUCCUCCACGUACACGAAGUUAUCCAGUUCAAAAAGAAUAAGUGUUUCGAGGCGUUCGGUGAUGCGGUGAGUGACGCGAGGAGGGCUGGAGAUUCUGACCCGAGUAAAGCUAUCUUGGCCGACACUAUGAAGCUGCUGGGGAACUCGGCCUACGGGAAGACGGUCACCAAUCAGGAGCGACACAUGAACGUCCGCGUGUGCAACGAUGCAGAUGCUCCUCGGUACGUCAACAAGUCCCAUUUCCGCGCACUUCACGCGCUUGAUGAUGACGUGUACGAAGUGGACAUGGCUAAGAAGAUGAUCCGGCUCAAUUUACCGCUCCAAAUAGGCUUCUUUGUUUAUCAGUUCGCGAAAUUGCGCAUGCUGGAGUUCUAUUAUGACUUCUUAAUCAAGUUUGUCCACCCCUCUGACUUCCAGAUGUGCGAGAUGGACACGGAUUCGGCUUAUCUCGCCAUCUCGGGAAAUACUUUAGACGAUGUCAUCAAGGAGGAGAUGAAGGAGCAGUACGUGAGAGAGAAGCACCAGUGGUUUCCCCGCGACGACACCGCCCCUCACCGCGCCUACGACAAGCGGACUCCAGGGUUGUUUAAGGUGGAGUGGGAAGGCGAUGGGAUUAUUGCUCUCUGCAGUAAGACCUACUACUGCUUCGGAUCCAAGAAUAAGAUCAGCUGCAAAGGGCUCAACAAGGCCAAUAAUGACAUCACCAAGCAACAGUACAUGGAGGUCAUAACAUCCCAGACAGCUAGUGGAGGAGUCAACCGAGGAUUCAGGAUGCAACACGACGGCAUGUACACGUACGAACAAGUGAAAACAGCUUUCAGCUAUCUCUAUCCGAAGAGAAAAGUAGCCUCAGACGGUGUAUCUACCUCGUAUCUUGAUUUGUAAAAUGGUAGUAGGCUAUUUACCAUAACGAAUAUCAGAUUUUUAUCUUAAUUUUUUUUUUUUUUUCAAUAACAAAACAAAAGAUUGUGGAAAGAGUUAUGAGCUCGCUUUUCCACAUCACUUUGCCCACGAAGUUGUUUUGAAUUAUGUGUGUUUACCAGUUUCAUACUUCACAAAACAAACACUAUAUUCUUAUAAAACGUCUAAUGUCCCUGGAAAUGUGUUUUUUCCUUACUUUAAUACAAAAAUAUUGUACAUUUUAAUUGUCUUUCAAUCAUUGGAAUUAUUGAAUUGGAAUUAUGUUGUGGACGAAAAACAAAUUGUUUUACUUCAUUUUUUUCUCAAUAUUUAUUAGUUGUUUGUUUUACAUACGAAGUUCGAAAAACUUAUCUAAACAAAAGUGGUCAUUGAAGUUUCUUCAAAACUCUCUGCAAUCGAACUACAUGUACUGAACAUGCUCGCGUAAACGGAGCAACUGAACGGAAUUCUGAUAAUUACGAAAAUAACAAAUGUGGAUGAUUUUUUUUUUUUUUUAACGCGGGGAGUCGAAAUACACAACGCAAAAUAAUUGCGAAAUACACAACGCAUCUUAAUGCGAGUCGGCGGGACGGCAAAUGGUGGUUUUUGUUUUUGUAUUAUGAUUUUUAUUUAAAGUUUGUUCAAAUACGAGAAAUUAAACUUAUAAGGGCAGACUGACUAAUAAGUGUAAACCAAAUUUGUUGUUUUUUUCCCAUCAUUUUGAGAAUAAUCUGGGUGCUGAACCUAAUCAUU